CUGUCAGUAGUAGCCAGAUGGAAACGUAGGCAAGUGAUUUUGGUGAGGUCAUGUAUUUUUAAGCCGCACAACGGAAUAAAUCUUCCUUCACCGGCGGCAUAAACAAAUAGUCGGGAACAUUUCGCCGCUGAUCGGACCGCGGGUGGAUCGAUAGUUUGAUUUGAUGACAGAGAGGACAUUUUUGGAUGCACAGAAAGCAGUAAUUGAAGAAUUCGCCAUGAACAAAAACAAGAGGGAAAGAGAGUUCUACAGUCUCGACGUUGGGGAUUCGACGUUCACAGUACUGAAGCGGUACCAGAAUCUAAGACCCAUCGGCUCUGGAGCACAAGGAAUCGUUUGCUCUGCUUAUGACCAAAUCCUUGAACGAAAUGUUGCCAUCAAGAAGCUGAGUCGGCCGUUUCAGAAUCAAACCCAUGCCAAGAGGGCGUACAGAGAACUAGUCCUAAUGAAAUGUGUCAAUCAUAAAAAUAUCAUUGGCCUUUUAAAUGUAUUUACACCACAAAAAUCAUUAGAAGAAUUCCAAGAUGUAUACUUGGUGAUGGAGCUGAUGGAUGCCAACCUGUGCCAGGUCAUUCAGAUGGAGCUGGACCACGAGAGGCUGUCCUAUCUGCUCUAUCAGACGUUGUGUGGUAUCAAACACCUCCAUGCUGCCGGCAUCAUUCACAGGGAUCUCAAGCCCAGUAACAUAGUUGUCAAGUCAGAUUGCACACUGAAGAUUCUGGACUUCGGCUUGGCUCGGACGGCUGCCACGGGCCUCCUCAUGACUCCGUAUGUGGUUACACGCUACUACAGAGCACCAGAGGUUAUCCUGGGCAUGGGCUACCAAGCCAAUGUGGAUGUAUGGUCAGUCGGCUGCAUAGUGGCCGAGAUGAUCAGGGGAAGCGUGUUGUUCCCCGGCACUGAUCACAUCGACCAGUGGAACAAGGUAAUUGAGCAGCUCGGCACUCCAUCUCAGGACUUUCUAAUGAAGCUGAAUCAGUCAGUAAGAACGUAUGUAGAAAACAGGCCACGCUAUGCAGGCUACAGCUUUGAGAAACUCUUCCCAGAUGUGCUCUUCCCUGCUGACUCCGACCACAACAAAUUAAAAGCGAGCCAAGCUCGAGAUCUCUUAUCCAAGAUGUUGGUGAUCGAUGCCUCCAAACGCAUCUCUGUAGACGAGGCCCUGCAGCACCCCUAUAUUAACGUUUGGUACGACCCAGCUGAAGUGGAAGCGCCGCCUCCAAAGGUCCUCGACAAACAGCUGGAUGAGAGGGAGCAUACCGUGGAGGAGUGGAAAGGGCUAAUUUACAAGGAAGUGAGUGAAUGGGAGGAGUGGUCAAGAAAUGGAGUGAUAAGAGGCCAGCCGCCUCCUCUAGGUGCAGCAGUGAUCGACAGCCCCCCUCAGCCCACGUCCUCCUCCUCCUCUUCGGCCAAUGAUGUCUCGUCCAUGUCCACAGAGCCCACUGACCCAAGCAGUGACCCCACCAUGACCUCUGAAACAGACAGCAGCUUGGACAGCCACACCUCUCUCGGUGCACUGGCCUGCUGCAGAUAACGCACACAUACACACGCACACACACACAUACGCACACACACACAAAAGCAAACCUUUCCUCAUCAGUGUGUGACGGGAGAGGCCAAUGGAACUUCUCAUGUUAGUUUGUAGAGCUGCGCUUUUAAUGUACAGUUUGUUUUAUUUCCCCCUCCCCUCUAAACUGCUGUAAAUGAUUGUGGGUUGAAAUUGUAUCAUUAUUACUGUAUUUUUGCUGCAAAGAAUCAGAGUAUGUUUUGAUGUGAAUCUGUGAUGUAUGUCAUGAAAGAGAGGGAUUUGAGUGUACUUUUCACAUCGCUGUUUUUUAGCUCCUGCUGCUACACAGAUACCACUGUUAGCACGGCAAUAUUAUGUUGAGUAUAUUUUUGAAUUGUUCAUUUGGCAUUUUUGUAUUAUUUUUUUGGACAUUUGAAUGAAUCUACACCAACUCUCUUUUUAACAGUAGAUUAUAGUGCACUUCAUCUUGGAUUCAAUUGCAAAUGAAUGAUUUUAUUUUGAUAUUGUUCCUCAUCUUUCUUGUAGAAAGCGUCCUUUGGUGUAUCCAAAUUAACUUAGUAUUAUCACCUCUGAUUGUGUGCAUCUUGACAAGCAGGCAAAUGGUCUAUUGCCAUGACACUGAAUUUCUUUUUUACUCUAGCAUACUGACUGUACUUUGACUUGUUUAGAUAGAUGUAAUUUGUAGGCGAUGGUCUGUUGGAUGAGGAGGAACAGGGUGAAUGUAAGUGAAUAGAAAUGUGAGGAGCCAGUGACUUCUGUUAGCGCUGUAACAAUUAAACAUAGGCCACUCCACUGGCUAGAAUGAGCUCUGUAUCUGGGGACUGUCAUCUGAGACGGAGUCUGAGUUAGUCACUUUACCUUUUUGGCAGGUUCUUACAGACAUUAUUCACAGCUGUCUGUUAUUUAACAUAUUUAAUUUAAGUGCCCUUACUCAGUUCAAUGAUUUUUUAAUCCUCUCUGUGUUUCAGACGCUCCUCUCUCCUGUGGUGCGUCUUUCUGAGUUCUACCUCACACACACACACACGUUUUUGACGAUACAGUAUCAUGGCACACGUCAUUCAAAAGAACUGCGAAAACACUUUUUUUUCCUGUAUUUGCGUUAUUUAUUUAUUUAUUUCAAGCUAGGAGGCGUCUAUUGUAUGUAAUGUACAUUUCAUUCAGAAGUACUAUUUAUAUGCAUUUUGUUUCAUUUUUGUUUUCUGUGCAAUAUAAUUCAUAGAUUAAUAUAGUCAGUGUUUGAUCUGUACAUUUUACUGUAGAUGUAUGUUUUCUAAAAGUCAGGAAACAGGCAACGCUACCUGCCAUGGUAACCUUUGGAUGUAUUUGAUGGCUCAAAUUCCCAACCUGUCCCUUUGCCCUUUUCAUGGUCGGGCACUCCAGGCAGUAACCCCUGGCAUCAGCUCCCAGAAUGCACUUUGGGGAUUGUGACGCAUGUCCUGACCCGUUCUGUGCCACAUCUGAUCUGUGGCUUCCUCUGUUUGUUAUUCCUCUCCUCCAUCUCCUCUAAAAUAGAAAAGAUAGAGUAGAAUACGCAUGAGAUUUCUCUGGUUUUAGUGCAGGUACAUUUAGAGGAAAGACGGGAAAGCCACUGAGUAUUACUGGGACGAUGCUGCAGUCUUCUGAUGGUUCGAACAAACACUGACAGCAAAGAGUUAACC